AGGUCUUUUUGAACAUGUUGGAGUACAAAGCGGGCGAGCUGGAACGAGAGCCUUGCGUGCGUGAUUGGUUUCAUGGGCGCGUGCCGCCGCGGAAUAUGUUGACCAACACGACUCCAGGCUUGUUGCACUUCAACGGCCCUUCUCACGAGGAUGACGUCUGGCCCAGCUGCUACCACGUGUUCAACAGACAGUUUCGGAAGGUCGGCGUGAAGCAUGGCUUCUACGACGUGGAUCACAACAUUCUCGUCAGUACUGAUGGGCUUUGCGACUACAGUUGGUACAAGAUUCACAACUUCCACGCACAUCCUUUGACUGCGGAGCACUUGCAGUUCUUGGAGGGCUUCUACCAGCUGCCGGUGGAUCCUGGCCUACUGGCGUGGCUGGGGUUUCCUGGACGCGGCGAAGAGCCGACGCCGAAGAAGAAGAGGCGAGGCGCCGAGAACGCCGUGGAUGCCGUGCGCUGGGGCCGUGAGGCGGAUCUACAUGCGCAGUCGCCACACCUGCACAAGGCCAUCCAAAAGCGCUGAGGAACGCGGCGGAGACACGGCGAGAAAAACAGGCGAAACGGGCCGAAGAGACACCGAGCGCCGCGUUUGCGC